AGUUACUGUUUUAAACACGAGUUAAAAUGAACGGAAGUACACAGACUGAGAAUAUCUUGGAUUUAAUGGUGGAAACGCUUCGUCCAGUGACCCAGUCCAUUGUCCAAACCGUGGCUGUGGAAAGGGACUUGGACGAGGACACACAAACACUGGUGACAGACACGACUCUGCAGGUUAUCCGAUACCUGGGUAAACGCUUCAAUGUGGCCCUUCAGAGCAUAACCGAACACAGCUCUAAAGAGGACGUGCUGUCCAGUCUGGGCUGUGUACUCCCUCCGAUUAUUGAUAAGGGUCUUAACAUCAUCAGAACAGAGGCAUUCAGUGCCGCAUCAGACCCGCUGGCGACCCUGACCACACAUGAGGUUACAGAAGUUGUAACCGGAGCCCUGUCUGGCAAAGACACGGCGGAGCCCGUCAAAGAACCGCAUGUCAGUCUGCCGGGGAAAAUUUGUGCCACGAUUCGUUAUGUCUUACAAAUGUUAAAGGUGAAACUACAGUCUCUGUGUAGAUGCUGUCCACCUACCGCUAAGAUCGGAACACCGCAGACCCCUCUAAAGGUCGUCAGCGUGAAUUCAGAUUCGGAGGAGGAUGAGACACAGACCUCAGCUUCCGGGGUCACAUCAUCAUCCAGCUCCUCUGGAGGCCAGGAAACGUCAGAGGAGAGCACGUCUGGGGGAGACGAAGCAGCUCAGGCGGUGGAGGCAUCAGGCAAGUCAUUCUCUUAUGGGAGCUGUGUAAUAGAGGUGUUCAAGAGCAUUGCACUUAUGAUAGUCAUUAGCAAACUGCUGGUAAGGCUUGCUAACAAAGUAGGUUUCGCAAUGACUGCAGAUCAAAUAGAGAUACGCGGUGGGCUACUGUUCGACAAAAUAGAGGCUCUCAUGGAGGCCGAACAUGUUGACUUUAAUGAUGAAGCACUCCAACACCUGGACAAACGUGUGUACAAGGACCUCUGCAAAAAAAGGAACAAAAACACGGUGUUUGAGUUGUUAGUGAGUGGCACAUCAGUUGAAGAUUACAUCGCCCACACUUUCAUAAAGCACAUGACUAAGCCACCAAAGAAAGGCAGUAAGAUCUGCAGGUGCUUGUCCAUCUGCAAGCACUUCCGGAAGUAGCUUGUCUUAGGACAAAGCAUUUCCUGGUGUUACGGGUUUACUCCGGGUACUCCGGUUUCUUCCCAUUUAAAAACAUUUAAAUCAUCACCCUAAAUUAACUGAUCGAUCUGAUUGAUUAAUAGCCCAGUAGAUUUUGGGAGGGGGGGAUCUAUUCUCCUCCUGUGGUGUUACAGGUUUACUCCGGGUACUCCGGUUUCUUCCCAUUUAAAAACAUUUAAAU